AUGGGAAGGAGAGCUUGGGAUGUUGAGUUGAUUAAAGAUAUGUUUAUUCCACAUGAUCAGGACUUAAUUCUGUCCAUUCAAUUGAGUGAUUCAAGUAGGGGUGACUGCUGGUAUUGGUCGAAGGAAACAAGUGGGGUAUACUCUGUUGGAAGUGCCUACAAACUGUUGCAGAAACAGAAUGGAGACUGGCCGAUUGAUGGUGCUGAUGCAUAUUGGAAGAGAAUUUGGCAGCUGCAUGUUCCACCAAAAGUUCAGCAUCUGGUGUGGCGAGUAACUUCUGGUUCAUUACCAACCAAAGUUCAACUCUCCAACAAGCAUAUACAUGUUGAUCUCACUUGUCCUCUCUGCACUAAGUCCCCAGAAUCAACAUCACAUGUCCUCUUUGGUUGUGAGUUUGCACGGUCUUGCUGGAACCUUUCUUCUGUCACGGCUGCUGGUGUGGAAGAACACAUGUUCACCAGCUGGUUUAGUGAUAUUUUAAUGAGCAGUAGCAAGCAAAAGGCGGAGGAAACUGCCAUGAUUUUGUGGCGUUUGUGGCUGGAACGAAAUGAUGUACUUUGGAGCAACAAAUCGACUACAGCUUUGGAAGUAGUCCGAUCGGCUAGGACUAAUCUUGACACAUGGAAAAAUGCUCAAACAAAGGUGUUUACACCAUUGCUGAAUGUUAAUUUCAGUAAUGAUAGAGAGCAUUGGAUGAAACCAAUUAAAACUAAGUUCAAGAUGAACGUCGACGGGGCUAUUUUUGAACCUGAAAAUCGGUUUGGAUUCGGGUGUAUACUUCGAAAUGGUGAGGCUAAACUUGUGGAAGCUUUUUCACAAAGCAAAGUUGGAAGGGUGUCUCCUGAGAUUGCUGAAGUGGUUGGAGUGAAGGAAGCUUUGAGCUGGAUUAAGGUCAAAAAUCUGUCUGAUGUGGAAAUUGAAACCGAUUCUUUAGUAGUUGUUCAAGCUAUUAAUGGUUCGGUACAGAUGCCUUCUCAGUUUGGAUUACUUAUUCAAGAUUGUCAAAGGCUUCUUUCUGAUUUAAACAAUGUUUUUAUUUCUUUUGUUAAACGAUCUGCAAAUAGGGUCGCGCAUUGCAUUGCGAGGAGGUCUUGUUUUAUGUCAGAUUGUAUUUAUGAUGAGCUUUCUGCUCCAUCUGAUUUACUUUCAAUUGUAAGGGAUGAUAGUUUUUCAAGUUGA